AUGACCGUACUUGGUUUGAUCCUUCGAUCCUUUCUCCUGACUCAAUUCUGCGAUAUGUGGACAUCCAUAUCGAGAGCCUUGACGCUUGGCGGGCUACUAUCCGGUGCUGUGGCCAGCUAUGGGGAUACAAUCAAGCCAAAGGUCUUUAUCAUAUCGAUGUUCGACCCCGAAGCAGAAAUCUGGUAUGGCAUUCCAGAGUUCGACCUCCUAGCAAACAACAUCACAGUCCCCGGCUUCAGCCCUCUCUUCCCAGAAGCCCAUUGCACAUCCAACGGAGAGAUCUGCCAACUCACAACCGGCGAGAGCGAAAUCAACGCGGCAACAACAAUCUCCUCCCUAGUCCGAUCCCCUCACUUCGAUCUCACAACAACCUACUUCAUGAUCGCCGGAAUCGGCGGUGUCAACCCCAAAGUAGCCACAAUCUGCUCCGUGACAUUCGCCCGAUAUGCCGUACAAGUAGCUCUGCAACGAGAAUUCGACAUGCGGGAUAUCCCAUCCAACUACACCACAGGCUACAUUCCCUUGGGAGCAAAAGCUCCCGAUGAGUAUCCAACUUCAAUCUACGGAACAGAAGUCUAUGAAUUGAAUCAAGAUCUUCAACAUCUUGCCGCGAAAUUCGCGAGGAGAGCUACGCUUAAUGAUAGCGAUACGGCUAUAGCUUACAGAUCGCAAUAUGCCUCUUCCCCAGCCUACGCUCCUGGUGCUGCUCCUCCUAAAGUCGUGGAAUGUGAUGUCGCGACUUCGGAUGUCUAUUACAGCGGCGACCUCCUCUCGGAAGCUUUCGGGAAUUUCACGAGACUUAUCACGAAUGGGACGGGAAACUAUUGUACUACUGCACAAGAAGAUAAUGCUUCUCUAGAAGCUUUCCUUCGAGCUGCAGUUGAUAAGCUGGUGGAUUUCUCGAGGAUUAUGAUUAUGAGGACUGCUUCUGAUUUCGAUCGACCUCCGAUGGGACAAGCGGCCACUACGAAUUUGCUGUAUGUGGAUCAGGGGGCUUUUAAACCCGCUGUGGAAAAUAUUUAUUUGGCUGGGAGGGAGAUUAUUGGGGAGAUCCUUGGGGGGUGGAAUGAGACUUUUGCUAAAGGGAUCAAAGCUACGAAUUAUAUUGGGAAUAUCUUUGGGACGCUGGGCGGGACGCCGGAUUUUGGACCUUAUACUUAUGAUAAUACUCCGGAUUUCAAGCGCAGUGUCAAGCGAAGUACACGAGGUAGAAGAGGCUCUGUCGUUGUCGGGCACAGCUGA